AUGUCCUUGCCAGGCAGCAGACGACCCUCAACGGGAUCCCGAAGUCGUGAGUUUUAUGGAAGGAGUGGCUUUGCCUCCUUCUUUAAGUCUGCAGCGGCCCCUGCCACUCCGACCGAGAAACAGCCUCUUCUUCCUGCCUCCAGGCGUCCCUCCCCGCCCGUGAGCAUGCGGGACACCUACGGCACUUCCUCGUACAGCAGCAGCAGCAACUCCGGCUCCUGCAAGGGCAGCGACAGCAGCCCCACCCCAAGGCGCCCAGCCAAGUACCUGCUGUGCAGCGAUAACCAUGGGAUCAAGCCCCCAACCCCUGAGCAGUACCUGACCCCUCUCCAGCAGAAGGAGGUCUGCAUCCGACACCUGAGGGCUCGGCUGAAAGACACUCAAGAGAGGCUGCAAGACAGAGACUCUGAAGUUGACGAUCUCAAGACGCAGCUCUCGAGGAUGCAGGAAGACUGGAUCGAGGAAGAGUGCCAUCGCGUGGAGGCCCAGCUGGCCCUGAAGGAGGCCCGGAAGGAGAUCAAGCAGCUGAAGCAGGUGAUCGACACCGUCAAGAACAACCUCAUAGAGAAGGACAAAGGGCUCCAGAAGUACUUCGUGGACAUCAACAUCCAGAACAGGAAACUGGAGACUUUGCUGCACAGCAUGGAAGUGGCCCAGAACGGAGCGGUCAAGGAGGAAGGCGCGGCGGAGUCGGCAGGCGGCUCCCCGGCUCGUUCUCUCACUCGCAGCUCCACCUACACCAAGCUCAGUGACCAAGGGGCGGCCGACAGGAACGUGGGCGGUUCCCAGACCAUCUCGGUGGAAGAGACGGUGGACAGUGGCUUCGUGGCUGCAGAGGACUCUCUGAGCCGGACGGACUUGCUGGAGCAGAGCAGCCUGCUGUCUUCUGGGAUUGAAUGUGGUACGGACGAGGCCUCCCUGCAAACCUCCUUCACCCUGGGCUCCCGGAUGCCAACCAGCUCCACGUACGAGAAACUCAUGGGGUCUCAACACAGCGUGGAGGCGGCGGUACAGGCCAGCUGCAUGCAGGAACAAGCCAUACAGACGGACUUUGUACAUUAUGAGCCAGAUCUUGAUACCAUCUUGGAGAAGGUCAUGAAGUCCCAGGCCUGCAGUUUGGGCAGCCCCACGUCAGUGUGGGUGUCUGAAAUGGAGGACGGGGCUGAGCCCAAUAACUCAGAGAUUCGUGCCCAAACUUUCCCCGAUGGGGGCCCAGAUUUGGCCGCUUCCGAUCCCAACUCGGCUGCGGUGGUCACUGCGGGAGACCAUGCCGAGAAUCCUGCUGGGCCACCAGGUCCUGUAGGGUCAGCAGACAACAGCCCAGCGGUGCGCCAACCCUCAAGUGCGAGCCAGUCGGUGAGAGUUGUGUGUGCCCCAGACGAAGAGGCUGUUGAGCCAAGCCAAGAAGGGGCAGAGGCAGCCUCCCUAGAGCCCCAAAGUUACUGGAGCCGCCAUUUCAUUGUGGACCUGUUGGCUGUGGUAGUGCCAGUGGUGCCCACUGUGGCAUGGCUGUGCCGCACGCAGAGGAGACAAGGCCAGCCUAUCUACAACAUCAGUGCCCUCCUGCGGGGCUGCUGCACGGUUGCUUUGCACUCCAUCCGCAAGAUCAGCUGCCGUUCCGUAAGCAGCGCCAGCAGCGCCUGCUCCCAGCCGUGA